AUGACAACGACGAACGAGUUUAGGCGCUUUGAUGUGGCUUCCGACGACUCAGAUCACCACUAUGGCGGCAGCGGAAACAACAACAUUACGCGCAACACAAAGAAGAGUAUUAUGAAGGAGUGGAAAACCCUGGAGAAAAAUCUACCUGAAUCCAUCUACGUUCGAGUCUACGAGCAGCGCAUUGAUCUCAUGAGGGCGGUGAUUAUAGGGGCCGCUGGAACGCCCUACCACGAUGGCCUCUUCUUCUUCGACAUCGCUUUCCCCUCUGAUUACCCGAACCACCCGCCCAAGGUCCACUUCAUCUCGUUCGGCCUCCGCCUCAACCCGAACCUAUACACCAGUGGCUAUGUUUGCUUGAGCCUCCUCAACACGUGGACCGGGAAGAAGAACGAGUUGUGGGACCCAUCUGUGUCCACGUGUCUACAGCUCCUUAUCUCCCUUCAAGGACUCGUUCUCAACGAGAAGCCCUACUUCAAUGAGCCAGGUUCCGACACGCUCGGUCGUUUCCUCGUUAAUGGCUCGUCACGUUCCUAUAGUGAGUACGUGUACGGCCUCACGUGUAAGCUCAACCUGCAUCUUCUUUGGAGGCCGCCGAAGAACUUUGAGGCCUUCGUCAAGAGCCACUUCCGCGAUCGUGCGGUAGUGAUUCUCACCGCAUUCACGGAGUACGCAAAUGGACGUGAGCGUAUCGGGUACUAUAGCGCCGACACGUCCUCUUCGCGUCCGCGAAAGCAUAGGGUUUCGCGGACAUACAAGAGGUGGAUGCUGGAGGUUUACCCUUUGAUGGUUGAUGCAUUUGAAGGGUGUGGUGCUUCUUUGGAUACUUCCCUUCGCAGCUUGGUGUUGCUAUCCGAGUCCAAGAGCAAGAAGAUUAGUACAAUCUGGACGAAAGCGAUGGCGCAGAUAAAAAAUGCUUUUACAUGGAAGAAGAAGAAUAAUAGAAAAGAAAUUACUAGGGAGACGUCUGCAUGA